CCUUCCCUUCCACACCCCCAUUGAGAGAAACAAAAGUGUUUCUUCCCCGACUCCCGUCUCCUGUUCCCCUCUUUUCUUAUAUACAAUAUCGCAUGUAAACUGUUUUGUUUUCUUGGUUUCUCUAUUCUUCUUCGCUCUCGUUCUCAUAUUAUUUUUUGCUUAUUCGUUUCUGUAAUGCAAUACCAAGCCUGUUCUUAAGCCUUUUUAAUUAUCUGAUUCCCUCGCAAGGUUCCUUCAAAGAGUUUUCGCCUUCUUUUCUCCUUUGUUCAUUUGGGUCUUCAGAGCUUCAUUCCCAAGAGAUUUGUUUCUUCAAACUAAAGACGAUCCCCGUUCUUGUCCGUAAUGUGAUCUAUAGCGGAUGUUCUAAUUGAAUUCUCUCGGGUUAGAUCUGCUCAGUCGGUCAAGUUUCACGGUGAAGUUCGAAGCGAUUGUUUUGAGGAUUCUCUCAACGAAGGACGUGCGGUUUCUCGGAUUUUGAUUUAAUCCGGGUUCCGUUUUUAACACGAAGCAUGAUUUGCUAAACAGGAUUUUUUUCCAGAGAUGAAGAGGUCUAGAGAAGACGUUUACAUAGGUUCUCAAGUUAAACGACCCCUCGUUUCUUCUCGAGGGGAAGCCUCUGGGCAACCCCAAGUCUCUAGAGGCGGAGUGGGAGGAGGAGGAGGAGGAGGAGAAGGUGCGCAGAAACUAACAACCAAUGAUGCCCUAGCGUAUCUUAAGGCAGUCAAGGACAUUUUUCAGGAUAAAAGGGAGAAAUAUGACGAGUUUCUGGAGGUCAUGAAAGAUUUCAAGGCCCAGAGAAUUGACACUACCGGAGUCAUAUCAAGGGUGAAAGAAUUAUUCAAAGGACACAGAGACCUAAUACUGGGCUUCAAUACCUUCUUGCCGAAGGGGUAUGAGAUCACCCUCCCACUUGAGGAUGAAGUUCCACCAAAGAAGCCUGUUGAGUUUGAAGAAGCUAUAAAUUUUGUAAACAAAAUAAAGACACGAUUCCAAAAUGAUGAUCAUGUGUAUAAAUCAUUCUUAGACAUUCUGAACAUGUAUAGGAAGGAGAAUAAGUCCAUCACAGAGGUCUAUCAGGAGGUGGCUACUCUUUUCCAUGAACAUCCUGACUUGCUCAGUGAAUUCACCCAUUUUCUACCUGAUUCCUCAGCAACAGUUCCGACACAGCAUGCUCCAUCAGGCAGAAAUUCUUUUCUCCGUCGUGAUGAACGGUGCACUGCCAUGCCGGCGUUCCGGCAAAUUCAUGUUGAUAAGAAGGAAAGGACCCAUGCUGAUCGUGAUCUCAGUGUUGACCGCCCUGACAUAGAGCAUGAUAGAGCACUCCUGAAAGGUGAUAAGGAGCAGAGAAAACGCAUUGAAAAGGAAAAAGAAAGGAAGGAAGAGAGGGACAGAAGAGACCGUGAUCGGGAUGACAAGGAUAUCGAGCACGAUAGCAGUCGUGACUUCAACAACAUGACACGUCUUCCCCACAAACGGAAAUCUUCUCGGAGGGGUGAAGAUUCCAUUGCUGAGCAGAUGCACCAAGGUGGGGAAGGUGCUGAAAACUUUGGAAUGCACCCCAUUUCAUCUACUUUUGAUGAUAAAAUCGCCUUGAAAAGUGCAUACAGCCAGGAACUUACUUUCUGUGAGAAAGUCAAGGAGAAGUUGCGCAAUUCUGAUGAUUAUCAAGAAUUCUUGAAAUGCCUUCAUAUUUAUAGCACUGAAAUAAUUACAAGAUCUGAACUUCAAAGUCUGAUUGGUGAUUUGCUUGGAAAAUAUCCAGACCUUAUGGAUGGGUUUAAUGAAUUUUUGACUUGUUGUGAGAAGAGAGGAGAUGGAUUUCUUGCUGGUGUUAUGAGUAAAAAAUCAUUAUGGAAUGAAGGGAAUUUACCUAGACCGGUGAAGGUAGAGGACAGGGACAAAGAUAGGGACCGGGAGAAGGAUGAUAAGGAGAAAGAUAGAGAUCGUGAAAGGGAGAGGGAUAAAGAAAGGGAAAGACUUGACAAAAGUGUAUCUGGCCAUAAGGUUCCUUCAUUUUCGAACAAGGAAAAGUUCAUGGCUAAACCCAUUUCAGAACUUGAUCUUUCUAAUUGUCAGCGAUGUACUCCCAGUUAUAGGCUUUUACCAAAAAAUUAUCCUAUACCUUUAGCAAGUCAGAGAACAGAACUCGGUGCUCAAGUGUUGAAUGAUCAUUGGGUAUCAGUGACUUCAGGAAGUGAAGACUAUUCUUUUAAACACAUGCGUAAGAACCAGUAUGAAGAAAGCCUUUUUAGAUGUGAAGAUGAUAGGUUUGAAUUGGACAUGUUGUUGGAGUCAGUAAAUGCAACCACUAAGCGCGUAGAGGAGUUGUUAGACAAGAUCAAUGACAACACAAUUAGACAAGAUACCCCAAUUCGUAUUGAAGAUUACUUUACAGCUUUAAAUCUAAGGUGCAUAGAACGUCUAUAUGGUGACCAUGGGUUGGAUGUGAUGGAUGUAUUACGGAAGAAUGCUCCCCUUGCAUUGCCUGUCAUAUUAACUCGUUUGAAGCAGAAACAGGAGGAGUGGACAAGGUGUCGUGCAGAUUUUAAUAAAGUGUGGGCUGAAAUCUAUGCUAAGAACUAUCAUAAAUCACUCGAUCACCGAAGUUUCUAUUUCAAGCAACAGGAUACAAAGAGUUUGAGCACCAAAGCCUUGUUAGCUGAGAUUAAAGAAAUCAAUGAGAAGAAGCGUAAAGAGGAUGAUGUUCUUCUUACUAUUGCUGCUGGAAACAGAAGGCCUAUAAUUCCAAAUCUGGAAUUUGUGUACUCUGAUCCUGAUAUCCAUGAAGGUUUAUAUCACCUAAUCAAAUAUUCAUGUGGUGAGGUUUGUACGACCACAGAACAGUUGGAUAAAGUUAUGAGGAUUUGGACAACCUUUUUGGAACCCAUCUUGGGUGUCCCUUCUCGACCACAUGGUGCAGAAGAUACUGAAGAUGUUGUAAAAGCUAAGAAUAAUACUGGAAGAAGUAAUGUAGCAAGCAUAGGAGAAAGUGAUGGAAGUCCUCGUGCUGACGUCGCUGUCACCAAUUCAAAGCAGUUGAACCCUGGCAGUAAUGGAGAUGAUAGUGCUGCCCCUGAACAGACAAGUUCUUGCAGGGCAAGGCUGGCAAAUGGUGAUAUUGCAGCCAAAGAAGAUGGUUUUGAUGAAACAGAUCGUAUUGCCCGUAGGAAUGAUACUCAGCAAGGAAAAGUGCAGAACAAUUCCUCUAUGGCAGAUGAAAUGUCUGGAGUAAACAUACAAGGCACCUCUAGUGAACGGUUGACUGAUUCUAAUGCAUCACUUGCCAUUAGAGCAGAACAGAGUCUUAGUAGAACUAAUGUGGAAAUUACAUCAGGGCUUGGCACCACUCCUUCCAGACCUAGUCACACGGCAAAUGAGGGUGUACAUGAGCCCAAGCUUAGUAAUGAAGUUCACCCGUCAGCAGAGGGUGGUGACAAUACAAGACCCCCCAUACCAGCUAAUGGAGUAAUAACAGAUGGCUCUAAAGUCCAUCGUUGUAAUGAAGAAUCUGCUGGGCACUUGAAAAUUGAAAGAGAAGAGGGUGAGUUAUCCCCUAAUGGAGAUUUUGAAGAAGAUAAUUUUGUUGGCUACAGAGAUGCUGGUAUUGAUGGAAUGCCCAAGGCAAAGGAUUCUGCUCCAAGUAGGCAAUAUCAACCCAGGCAUGAAGAAGAGGAAAUAUGCUGUGGGGAGGCAGGGGAAAAUGAUGCAGAUGCAGAUGACGAGGGUGAAGAAAGUGCUCAGAGGUCAACAGAAGACAGUGAGAAUGCCUCUGAAGCUGGUGAUGUUUCAGGUAGCGAGUCUGGUGAUGGCGAGGAGUGCUCCCGUGAAGAUCAUGAAGAGGAGGAAGAUGUGGACCAUGAUGAGCAUGACAAUAAAGCUGAAAGUGAAGGGGAGGCUGAGGGGAUGGCUGAUGCGCAUGAUGUCGAAGGAGAUGGUACCUUAUUGCCAUAUUCAGAACGGUUUUUGUUGACAGUGAAGCCUCUGGCCAAACAUGUCCCCUCUGUUCUACAUGACAAAGAAAAGAAGGAUUGCCGUAUUUUUUAUGGAAAUGAUUCCUUCUAUGUGCUUUUUAGGCUUCAUCAAACAUUGUAUGAGAGAAUACAGUCAGCAAAGUUGAAUUCAUCAACCGCGGAAAAAAAAUGGAGAACUUCGAAGGACACAAACCCUCCCGAUCUCUAUGCCAGAUUUAUGAGUGCAUUAUACAAUCUGCUUGAUGGUUCUGCUGAUAAUACCAAGUUCGAGGAUGAUUGCCGAGCCAUCAUUGGAACUCAGUCAUAUGUGCUUUUUACGUUAGAUAAGUUGAUAUAUAAACUUGUCAAACAGCUUCAAACGGUUGCAAGUGAUGAGAUGGACAACAAGCUUCUUCAUCUAUAUGCAUAUGAAAAAUCAAGGCAAUCUGGGAGAUUUAUUGAUCUGGUUUAUCAUGAAAAUGCUCGUGUUCUUCUUCAUGAGGAGAAUAUAUAUCGGUUUGAAUGUUCAUCCAGUCCAACCCGUUUGUCUAUACAGUUGAUGGACUAUGGGCAUGAAAAGCCUGAAGUCACUGCUGUCUCAAUGGACCCCAAUUUUGCAGCUUAUUUGCAUAAUGACUUCUUGUCAGUUGUUCCUGAUAAAAAGGAGAUGCAUGGUGUAUUCUUGGCAAGAAACAAACGGAAAAAUGUAUGUGGUGAUGAACUUUCUGCUACAUGUAAAGCUAUGGAGGGAGUUACAGUGGUCAAUGGUCUGGAGUGUAAGAUAGCUUGCAAUUCUUCCAAGGUCUCCUAUGUACUAGAUACAGAAGAUUUCUUAUUUCGCAAGAGGAAAAGGAGAUGUUUAUCUGUUGGUAGCUCUUCUUGUCAUGACCAAGCAAAGACGCCAAAUGGUAAUGCUGCAAGAGUACAGCGGUUUCACAGAUUGUUAUCUAGUUCCUAGUAUGCCUUGGUGCCAGGCGUCCUGCUGUUGGACGGUGCCUCCGCGCUGGGGCUGAUGAUUCUUGCCUACUUUGCUACUGCCAAGCUAAAGGCUUUCCAGAAGGCAUGUUUCAGUCGCAUUCUGUUAUCUCUCAUCAUCCAAACAACGUGAGAAGGAGGGAAAUGGAUCGUAAAGUGGUGUAGUGUCCUGUAAUUUCAUUUUAGUGGCAUAUUCUGAGCCACUAUUCUGUAAAUAGGCUUUUUUUUUUAAUCUUUGAUAUAAAACCUGAGAGGUGUAUCUUCAUUUCAUUGGUUCUCAUUUUUGUAUUUCUUCCCAUCACAUACGAAAGCUUCCAAUUUCUUGUUGCAAUUGGUUUAA